GGCUCUCCCUCUCUCGCUCGCUCUCGGCACUAUUGUGUGUACUAUCGAUAUGAACAUCUUCGGACCCAAACUAAACCGUAUUUUUCAUGGUGGUGUUGUAAAUGGUGGUGCUGUUAACGCUUGUUCAAAGGGUAUUGGGGAGGAGACAGGGAAACCCCCUGUGAUCCGUCGACACAGUUAACCGAUUGGACAGUUCGGUCUGAGUUUCUGUGCUGUGUGUGUUGAGAGUGUCGAGUGCGUUGCGGUGUUUAUCGUAAUAUAAAAAAAAGAGACGAGGCUCGGAACUAGAUCGGUUUCUCUCUUUCAGUGAGCAAGAAAAACAGAAACUGCUGUGUUCAUAAUUUUUAGGAACGUUUUUUCCCUAGCUUUCUCUGUUCUGUAUAUGAUCUUGACUGUUAUUUGUUGUUGUGUUAACCGGGUUUACGACAUUAGCUGCCCGAAACAGUAGGGAGACCCAAGUGACGACAGUAAUAAAUUCAACCGUGUUGUGAACUGUGAAUCUAGCGAAAAUCUAGGCGAAAAAAGUGCUGAACGGCUGUAAAGCGAAGAAACAAGCGACCGGAACAAAAUGGCGGCUUUCAUCGCAAAGCAAAUGGUCGGCAGCCAGCUGAAUGCUGUUAAAGGCGCUGUAGGCGGAGAUGGUGGUGACGAUGAGAACGACAAAGAGAAGGAGGAGGAAGCCGAGCGCGAACGUCAGGAGGCGAUCCGCGAGGCUGAGGAGCGACGAAAGGAGAAGCACCGCAAGAUGGAAGAGGAGCGGGAAAAGAUGCGACAGGAGAUUCGGGACAAGUAUAACAUAAAGAAAAAGGAGGAAGUGGUCGAGCAGGCACCCCAGGAGGAACCCAAUCCGCUGAUGCGGAAAAAGAAGACACCCGAAGAGCUGGCGGCCGAGGCGGAACAGGAGGAUCUUGACGACUUUACGAAGUUGAAAAACUCCAUAGAAACGCAGGUGAACGAGAUCAAGACGCAGAUCGAGGGAAAAUGCUCCUUGCAGUGAUUAUGCAUCAUCCGUAUUCAGCAGUAUAUUCAAUAAUAUUAAACCUAAUUUAAAGAGAAAAAGGAAUAAAAAAAACCAACAGAAUGCAAAUGUUAUAGAAAACAAAAUAGUAAUUAUUUAAAGCAAAAAGCAUGAAAAAAAACAAAUAAUUAAAACAUAUUUAAAUGUAAAGUUUUAAAUUAAAAUUCAAAGAAAACUGACAAGCAGAGAAAAGCAUAACGUUUAAGCAGCAUUAGUCACCAUCGCCAGUACCACCCAACCACAUCGACAACCGGCUGAGAAUCACUAGAACAUCCCAAUCAGAAAUCCAAUACAUACAUGAGCCAACAGCACCGUUUGAAAGAGCAAUGUAAUACACUCGAACACAAUCACAUGCCCACUACCCCGACAACGAUAGAGAAGGCGAACACGACGUGGCUCAGCAAGAAAAGGAUGGCCAUCGGAUUCAUCGAGAGAUCAUGCAAAUCGCACACACAUACACAUCCAGACACACAUAAACACAUAUGCAUUGAAAUUAGAAAAAUUUAAAAAAAACCAAAAAAAAAACAGACGGUAUAUAAUAAUAAACCAGAAGAAAAAAACCAUUGUUAAAUAGGACACCCAGGUGAAUCAAGUUAUUAAAAAUGUGAUUAUUAUAAAAAAAAUACCCUUUCGAUUUUUCGGCAGUUUUCGUUCAAAACAGUAAUCACAGCGGCAGCGAAUGUACACAUACACACACAAAGUUAUUUCAACCGAGAGAAAGGGAGAGAGCGAACCCCAAAGAAAAAAAAAAGAGAGAGAGGAAAAAGAAAGAGAUGAUGUGCAUUGUGAUAAGCCACCGCCAGCGCAGACGGCCGCUCUUUGUUUUGCAGCCGAAGUUUUCCUCUCCUUUUUCAACUGUUAUUCAACAUUCAUUGUUUGAGAUUGAGAUGAAUUUUUUAACCACUGGACAUUGCUGCGGGUGCCCGAGGGCGGACAAAAAAAAAAUAUUUUAGAACAAAUUACAAUACAAUUAGCGAAAUUAGAAACACAGUUUUAGCUUGAAAUUUGUUGAUUAUUUGAUGAAAAAAAAGAGUGAUUAGUAAAAUUCGUGUCCAAGGUACCCGAACUAUGCACAGGACAACGUUUUUUGGUAUCGUAAAAACAGUGCCGGAGGAACUCGAAGCUAAAUUUUAUGCAAGCACGGAACGAUCCAGGCUAAGCUGUCGUUAUUGCAAACUAAAAACUAUAUUAACCUGUUGUUUGGAGCAAAUGAUUUGAAAAUUAUUACUCGGCUCGCAGAACUUUUUAUUACCAUUUGACGGCAUUCGGCCGGUAAAUAGUGUUAGCGAACAGAUAUAUACAUAUUAUAUACACAAACAAAAGAAGCAAUUGUUCAUCCAAAUUCCUUGAUUCCUGUUAACCGAUGCGCAUUCGGUGUGAAAUUGAUGUUUUUCUACUGUUGUUUUUCUUUGUAAGUGCACUUAGCGCGGACCCGUCUCUUCAAACUCCUUCAAAAACAUGUGCACACUCUCUGUCUGUGUAUUUCCUAACUAUUGAACAACAAAAACACGAUGCAGUCUAUUUAGCUUAUUAUUUCCUCUAGACUUAAUUUAGGCCUAUGCUUAGAAUGCUGUUUCUAUCUGCGGCUGUUUGAAAACAUGUGGAGAUUUUAGUGUACUCUCUGGUCACAAGAAGCAAUGGACCAGGAUCUUCACGUAUUCGAACGGCAGUUCGAAAAACGAUGAUCUGCGAAGUAACGUUCAAACGAAAUUUUCGUUUCAAAUUGCAUGGAAACUGAUUACGCCCAACAUCUGCUAAGUGAUUGUUGAACAACACGACAAGUCGGAUCAAUUCGCAUAUUUUUGAUCCGUUGCCGCUCAUGUUUUGUGUUGAUGUUUAUGUCGCGUUCAUUGAUGUCGUGUCGCUAUAGUAGUGAAUGUAUUGUAAAGUCAAACAAUCUUCUAACAACAGCAAAACAAAUCAUACCAAAACAAAUAGUUUACCUGUUCAUGUGAAAUAUGAUGAAAAACACACAACCACAGCAAAACACAGUACGACUAAGAAAACAUUGAAUCGGAAAAUGAUUAUCUCUCUAUCCUAUUGUUAUGAAUCAUUGAUUAGUGACAAGCGAAUGAAAACAUUGAAUGAAAUUAGCGAAAACUCAUACUCUCUAAGCAUUUCCCCUAAGACACUUAGAUUCUCUUCUAACCUAUCAAACCGACAACAAAACAACGAGCAUUUCAAUUCUGAACAAUCGGCACACAAACAACAAUCUCGAAAACUAUCCAAACAAAGAGUACCAAAAUAGAAAAAAAAUCCAGAUCGCGAAAUUUUACCGUUCCCCACUUCAGAAAUAGUUCUUGAAUGUCAAUCCCCGCUCAAUUUUUGACCUCCUGCGAUUGCGGCUUGCACCGACACGCGGAUGCCACCAAACCACGUAAAGUAAUAAAGGAAAGAAAAAUAAUUGAAUUUACUGUCUACCAUCGGAAUUUCGCGAUCCUCAAAAGCAACCAGAAAUGAAAGCCGACAAAAAAAAAACAUGGAACAAAACAACGUUUGUUUAUAAUUGUUGAAGAGAAUUAAUGAGAAGUUACACAUUAAAAA